UUUGUUCUCGGCCCGGCCCACCCCGCCGACAGCUUGUUUUGGCAAAUAAUCAUGGCGGCUGUUCCGAUGGAUCCGCUCCGGGAGCAAUCCCUUGCUGAUUACAGAAAGAAACUUUUGGAGCACAAAGAAGUCGAGAGCCGACUGAAAGAGAUGCGAGAGCAGCUUAAAGAAUUGACCAAGCAGUACGACAAGUCUGAAAACGACCUGAAAGCUUUGCAGAGUGUCGGACAGAUAGUUGGUGAAGUUUUGAAGCAGCUGACUGAAGAAAAAUUUAUUGUGAAGGCGACGAAUGGGCCUAGGUAUGUUGUCGGCUGUCGGCGCCAGUUGGACAAAGCCAAGCUGAAAUCUGGUACACGAGUGGCGCUUGACAUGACCACCCUGACGAUUAUGAGGUACUUGCCCAGGGAAGUGGAUCCCUUGGUCUACAACAUGUCACAUGAGGACCCCGGAGAUGUCACUUAUUCCGAGAUCGGAGGUCUAGGCGAGCAAAUCCGAGAAUUGAGAGAGGUAAUUGAGCUCCCCCUUCUGAACCCAGAGCUAUUUCAACGAGUGGGUAUCACCCCUCCUAAGGGUUGUUUGCUCUACGGCCCACCUGGAACUGGAAAAACUCUCCUGGCUCGAGCCGUAGCCAGCCAGCUUGAUGCAAACUUCCUCAAAGUUGUCUCUAGUGCAAUUGUAGACAAAUACAUUGGAGAGAGUGCUCGUUUGAUUCGAGAAAUGUUUAACUAUGCCAGGGACCACCAGCCUUGCAUUAUUUUCAUGGAUGAGAUUGAUGCCAUUGGUGGCAGGAGAUUUUCCGAGGGCACAUCUGCUGAUCGAGAAAUUCAGCGUACUUUGAUGGAGCUUCUCAACCAAAUGGACGGCUUUGAUUCAUUGGGACAAGUAAAAAUUAUCAUGGCCACAAACCGGCCAGACACCCUGGAUCCUGCGCUGUUGAGACCUGGUCGUCUGGAUAGGAAAAUUGAAAUUCCUCUGCCCAACGAGCAGGCUAGGUUGGAAAUCCUCAAGAUUCAUGCAGGUCCAAUUGCCAAGCAUGGCGAAAUUGAUUACGAGGCAGUAGUGAAGCUCUCUGAUGGCUUCAACGGUGCUGACCUGAGGAACGUGUGCACAGAGGCUGGUCUUUUUGCGAUCCGUGCUGAACGCGAGUACGUAAUCCAAGAGGACUUCAUGAAGGCUGUGCGCAAAGUGUCUGAUAACAAGAAACUCGAAUCUAAGCUGGACUACAAGCCCAUUUAAUAUGUCUGCUGAAAUGAGCUGAAGAGACGUCCCGUGCUCCUGCUCAUAUUUACUUAGCGGGUGCUUCAUGUACUCUGCUUCUCUGUUUGCAUUAAUUUAAUAAUAAAUUCCAUUUAAAUUUGAUAUAA